AUGGCUUCAGGCAUUGCACGGGGAAGACUUACGCAAGAGCGCAAGCGCUGGCGGAAGGACCACCCGCAUAGCUUCUUUGCCAAGCCACGCAAGCUGGAGGAUGGGACAUUGGACAUGCUGACGUGGAACUGCGGAAUCCCUGGUGCCGAGGGAUCGAUCUGGGAGGGAGGUGUGUUCAAGCUCACCCUCACCUUUGGCGAAGACUACCCGUCCAAGCCGCCGGUGGCCCGGUUUAACCCGCCGCUUUUCCACCCCAACGUGUACCCUUCGGGCAAGGUCUGCCUCUCCAUUCUCGCUGAGGACAAGGGCUGGUCGCCGUCGAUCACCAUCAAGCAGAUCCUCCUCGGCAUCCAGACCCUCCUCACCGAGCCCAACAUCCAGGAUCCGGCCCAGGAAGCUGCUUGGGUCUCCUUCCGCGACGACAAGAAGGAGUACGAGCGUGUUGUCCGCGCCUAUGUCGAGCGCCUCCGCGCCACAUUGUAG